GAGGUUUUGCACUCGAUCCCGCCUGGCCAAGGAUAAAUAGAAGGCAGCUGCUAGGCCUGCCAAAGCUGCUCUUUCCAUCAUCUGACGCGUCUGACAGCCGGCAGCCAGCCCAAGCAGACAUGGACACCCAGGACUGCCCUUGUGCCACGGGUGGCACCUGCACCUGUGGGGACAACUGCAAAUGCAAAAAUUGCAAAUGCACAUCAUGCAAAAAAGGCUGCUGCUCCUGCUGCCCAGCGGGAUGUGCCAAGUGUGCACAGGGCUGCGUCUGCAAGGGGCCCCCCUCUGCCAAGUGCAGCUGCUGCAAAUAGGGACCCCUGGCUGCACAUCUGGGGGGCUGAAGAAGAAUAACCUUAUUGUGUAUGUUGGGGUUUUUAUAUAUGUUCAGAUAUCUUUAGUGUUUGUCAUUUGUGAUGUGUAAUAAGCUACCUAAAUAAAGUUAUGUGUAUAUAUAAAGGUCUAUAA